UCCGUCAAAACAUAAACAAACAUGAUCAUCAUACAAAUGAAAGCCGGCGAUGUGUCGGUAGAGUGCAGAAAGGACUCAUGUAACGACAUCGAUAUAUAUUAAACUCACACAGAAAAUAAAUGAAAUCUAAAGGUGUGUAAAUAAUAUCAUUGUUUCCACUGCUGUGUUUUGAAUUAACCCAAGGCUUCGCCAGUCACAAGACUUUCUUAAGCAUGCCCUUGAUCAGGCCAAAAAUUUGGGACAUCGUUUUCACGUGACUCUGCUUCACUGCUUGGCUUGACUUUUCAAUCAAUUGCAGGUGGAUUAGGAUAUGGUCUGAUUUAGGCACGUUUAGGAUACCUAAUUGUGCUGAGGAAAUUCUUUGAAAAAUGGAUUUCGUGUCCUCCCCCAGCGUUCCUAUGUCUGUUGACACCAACUCCAGCAACGGGGACUCCAUUCCUGAUGUUGUGGGACAUUCCGAGACUAGCGUCCACAGAGUACGGCGCUCUGUACAGAACGACGACGGACCAUACAAAAGACUCAGCACAUCGCUCAAGAUCGACAGCGCUUCCGACUUUGGUUCUGGACGUGCGGAUGACGAAGCCAGGGGAUUCACACAAUCAGAAAAUGACAUUGAGUCAAAUAAAAUACAUCAAAAUUACCUGUUUGGAUUUAAGAAGUGGAAAAGUCAUGUGACCACUCGACCUCUAUCGACCCGAUCAGAGAUUGUCCAGAGUCUGUAUGCCGAUAUCAGCGAAGUCAAAGAAAUCAAUGUUUCUACCUGUGGUUUUUGGAACGUCCUGUAUGCGGUGCUGUUUGGGUGGUGGGUUGCGGUGGUGUACUUUGUGGUAGGAGGAUUGAUGUAUGCCACGGUCAUUGGCAAAGACUAUGCUUUCUUCUGCUUCAGGAUGGCUCAUUAUUUUUUGUGGCCAUUUGGAAAAUUUGUUUACUUGGUAAAAGAUGACACCGAGGUCACGUCUGCUAAAGUGAGUGCCUCCAACACCCAGGAAACAGAAACGAGUCGUCUUCUGAAGGAUUCCUCCGACUCCAACACCAGUGACGUGUAUGUCUGUGAGGGAUUCUGGGGACGGGGUGUAUCGUACGUGUGGCUUAUCCUAGGACUCCCUCUCAUUGUCGUCACACACAUUGUUGUCAUGUCUGUCACCUGGCUUCUGGUCAUCAGCAUUGGCAUGUCUAAAGUACAUUGGCGUACAUUACGACAGAUCCUGUAUCUCCCGCCGAAUGAGGUGAAGACAGGGGACUCCUUCGUGAUGGAUCUGGACACGCGGAGGAGGAAGAAGAAGGGCGAGAUCCUGAUGUACACACACAAUGCGGUCAAUCUGUACUACUACAAGUACACAGUAGAUGGCAUGAACAUCAUCUUUGUCAAUCUCUUAUUCUUUGUGAUUCUCUCACUGAUUCUUGGAUACACAGAUCAUGAAAAUAAGCACUAUUCGGGAGUGACGAAAGUGAUUCUUGGUAUCCUGGCCAUUGUUCCUCUAACUUAUUACAUAGGAAUGGCCAUUAUCUGUAUAUCAGCCCAGAGUAGCUAUGCAUUGGGGGCGGUGCUGAAUGCCACGUGUGGGACUGUGGUAGAAAUGAUAUUGUCUGUGGUAGUCCUGAACAAGGGGAAUCAAUCAGGCAGUGCUUGUUAUGUGGAGCUAGUCAAGUCCAACCUGGCAGGAACCAUCAUUGGGAGCAUCCUUCUUAUUCCGGGCCUGUGUAUGAUACUGGGAGGGAUCAAGUUCCACUCCCAGAGGUUUAACCACGCCUCCGCCGGGAUAUCCUCCCUGCUCCUGUUUGUGGCUGUCUCAGGUGUGUUUGCUCCCACUCUGUUUGCCCGGAUGUUUGGUGACUUGGAGUGUCAGAAGUGUGAGAGUAUCAUCUCCAACUCAACCCCCACCAUGAACCAAAGUGUAGAGAGCUACUACCUCCACUGUACCCGCUGUCAGAGUGACCUGAGUGGUUUGGAUGGAGACAUGUCCCUGUACAACCUUCACAUCAAACCGCUUGUGUACGCUAGCGCCAUACUGCUGCCUAUAGCGUACAUCGUAGGCAUGAUCUUCUCACUGAAGACACACGCGGCCCAGAUCAACGCUGACUACAUGAGGAGUCUGGAGGAGGCCAAUCACGAAGGACAUCAACACAGUGUUCCCAUGUGGUCACGCCUCAAAAGCCUGACCAUCCUGCUGUGUUCUGCUACCCUGAUUGCAUUCUGUGCAGAGCUGGUCUCUGACAACAUCAAGUCAUUCUUCAAAUCAUCCGGUAUAUCAGAGUACUUUGUAGGAAUUUUAGUCAUUGCCAUGGUAACUGAACUACCAGAGAUAAUCAAUGGGGCCCAAUUCUCACUAGAAAAUAAUGUCAAUCUUGGGAUUGAGAUCGGAACGAACACGGCUAUACAGGUGUGCAUGAUUCAGGUCCCCAUCCUGGUACUGAUUGACCUCAUUUAUCCAUUUAACCUGGUGAUGGUGUUUAACGACGUACACCUGUAUGCCGUCAUAUUCUCCGUGGUCGUCAUCAACUAUACCUUUCAAGAUGGGAAAAGUGAUUAUUUCCAAGGUUCUGCAUUAUUCAUUAUCUACAUAGUGAUCCUGUGUAUGUAUUACUUUAUGCCUAUACCUGAACAGGUAAAAUGUACAUAAAGGUCAAAAUUGUACAUGAAGGAUAAACCUGAGCAUGUCCGACUUACCUUAACAUGUGAGAUGUGUAGGUGGAAUAUAUCUGAACCUGUUGGAUAGGCAUUAUAAAGUGAGGCAAACUGGAUCAGGAGAGGUACCUGAUUAUGCAUUUUAUACAUGUAUACCUCAACAGGUGAAACCUGAUCUGGGAAUUUUAUACCUGGGCAGGUUGGAAUUACCUGAUCAGAAAUGGACUUAUGGAAAUUUACAGAUAUAUGUGGUACUGUGCUUGUGUUUUUACAUUUGGCAUUUAAUUUUAAGGAGGCCGAUUUGGGUUAUUUUGUGUAUAAAUUACAAUAGUAAGCUCUUCAUUUUUUUUACUAUGUAAUUUACACCAGCUCUAGUUUAUUUUUGAAGUUUCAAAAAAGUCUACCAUCUGGUUCUUUUAAGGGGCCGUCUCAAAAUACAGGAACAUUUACUGUAGGAAUAUGUAGGAAAUUGUCAUUUUUCAAACUUGAAGCAGAUUAAAAAAAAUACUACAAUAGCGAUUUUCCUCAAAUUAUGAAAUGUAAUUAAUAAUAAAAUUUUCUACCUUAUCUGUAAAAAAAAACUAAAUUCUAACGUCUGGUUUUUUGAAGGGGUCAUCUCAAAAUGCACCAAAUUUUACGUAUAUAUGGAGUAUUUCAAAUGUAGAUUGGUACUGUGACAAUGGAUUCAUUCAAAAAUUUAGAAUAAUAACCCUGAUGAUAGCAUUAUUCUGUAUGUAAAAUUCCAAAGGCAUAUGGGUUUAACUUUUUCUUUUAUGUUAUUUCUUAUAACAUACUCCAUUUUAUCAUAAGGUCAUUAUAGCACUAUGAUAACGCUCAUCAACCAAACAAUGGAAAAGUGUUUAAAAAAUAAAAUUUUCCUUAAAAAAUUGAAAUAUAUAAUCUGUUUUUUUGUUAAUUGUGUUCAAAGGAUAUCGAAAAAAAAAAUCAUAAACGGUUUAAAAAAGCUGUAUUUUACUAGAAAUUAAAGUCGGCCUCCUUAUAUCUUUUUGACCAAUUUAAUUUUGGUCUACAAAUGUCACUAUGUUGGUAUUUACUUAUGUUUGCUGUUUGUUAAUUUUUUGUACAACUUAUUAUACACAGAGGUGUAGUUUAUGUUGAAUUUUAUUUUUAUGAUCAUAAGAGAAUUAACUUUAUCACUUUGAUAUUACAAUUUCAUUGCAUUUACUACAUUGAUCUGAUACAAGCUAAUAAUAGCUAUGCAACCUGUAUUUAUUUUUGUUUGAAGUUUAUGUACUUUGCCUAUUUAUAAAACACCCCUUUUUCAGAAAUUUGUGGCUCAUGAUUAAGUAUGUAUUUUACAAAUGUUUAAGAGUGCUUUGAUUUUAGAAUUUUUAUCAAUAAUACCAGAGACAUUUUUUUUAUAAUAUCAGGAUUUUGUUAAUCCUUUCUCAGCCAUAACGCAUUAAAAGCCUACCUCAGGAUUUUAUGAUAUAGGGUCUGCAGUGUUGUAGAAAAAUGGUUCUAGACUAUAUUCUGUCAGCAGUGUAGUUGUAUAAUGGUUUUGUAGGAAGGUUCUGUGUUGUAUUGGGACUCCAUGGUGUAGUGUUUAUUGAGAGUAAAGCAUUCUGUACUCUACUGGAGCCUUUUCAGUAUGCAUGUUCUGUGCUCUGUUGGGAGACAGUGUUGAAGUUGAAGGUUCUGUGCUGCAUUGGAUAGAAGUUGUGCAGUUGGUACUAGAUACUGUGCAAAUAUUUGAGAUCUGUGCUACAUUGGAACUUGGUGUUUAAGGCUGUGGGUUAUGUGUUAUAUUUGGAGUCAUUGUUGUAGUAUGAGUUUUCUGUGUCAUAUACUCAGAAGUUGUUAUAUCUGGUUUUUAGCUGUGUUGAAUUAAAGUUUUGUUUAUGUGCGUUCUGCAUUACAUGAAAGUCAUUUUUGUAGCAGUUGAGUUCUACGCUAUAUGUGGACUCAACAUUUUAGUAUAUAGGUUUUGACACAUUCAAAAUUAUAGUUUGUUGGUUUUCUGUUCUAUUAGGAUGCAGAGGUUGUUAUAAUUUGGUUUGUGCUGUAUUGAAUGUAAGUGUUAUGUAUGUAGGUUGUGUGCUACAUAUGAAGUCAGUGUUUUAUGUGUGUUUUGUGCUAUAUUGUGAGUCAGUAUUGUAGUAUGUAGGUUCUGUGCUAUGUUAGAAGCCAGUAUUGUAAUAUGUGGUUUCUGUGCUAUAUUGUGAGUUAGUGUGGUAAUGUGUGGUUUCUGUGCUAUGUUGUGAGUUAGUGUGGUAAUGUGUGGUUUCUGUGAUAUAUUGUGAGUCUUUAUUAAGUACAUGUGAUGAGAGAAAGAAAGAAUGAGAGAGAGAGAGAGAGAGAGAGAGAGAGAGAGAGAGAGUUGGAAGGUCCAAAUCAAAUAUAAGAUAACUGUCUGAAGAGAUGCACACAUACAUAUCUGUAAAAGCUGUGAGCUGGACUCUAAGAUUGCGCUUGUUACAUGUACUUGAACAUCGUGAUUAGUACUAAUUACGGUUUAUGGUAUUAUGUAAUCUUGGAAAAUGAUGCGGCUCAUGCAAUAUAUGGGUGAUAGGAAGGCUUGGAAAGUUGUUUAACCGAAUUAUGCAAUAAAUGGAAAAGCCAUUUAUUGUUAAAAGAGGACUCGUUUGUCAUGGGGGGGGGGGGGGGUCGAAUACCGAAAGUCAGAGUACUGAGUCA